AUGUCUCGCAGCUUCUACGGCGAAAGUGCCGGUGGCUCAAAAUCCACGGAAGCGCCUUUGGUUCCCGAUUUCGUGACUCCUACAGACCUUACAACAACAACUUUAUCCACGGGCAAUAACAUUUACAAUUCGAAGACUUUGGACGAGUUGUUUAGCAACUGGCGUGGUAAUGCUGUGCAUAAAUACCAGAUUUACAAGUCCGAACUUGAAACACAGAAAAGUGCGGUUGCAAACGAGUACGAAAGCCUCAGAAAACACGUCUCUGAACAAAUCUUGACAGACGAGUACGAAAACACGGAACUGCUAGUUCCAACUGGUGUGCUGGCCUUGGGUGCCUUCUUCAGCGGAAGAGUGCUCAGCAAUCCCAAGAACUGGAAGGCCUCCACGUCCUUCACGAGCCGCUUGCUGACGAGUAUUCCCAGCAGAGUUCUUCUGCCCUGGACACUAGCAGGUGCGGUGUUUUCUCAACUCACGCCAGUGACUUGGUCCCAUAGCCUGCGUUCUGUGGAAAGCGAUAUUCUACCAGAAGAAUGGGUUUCACAGUACCAUCAAUUGCGGGAUUCCUUGCAUACAGAAGGUCUUGGCAGAAAAUGGAGGGAACUUAAUGACGAUUUGAACGGAUACUUGCAACAGAGGGUACGCAGUGGUCGUGAAUUUUUGAUCAACAGGCAGAAUAACAAGUCUUAG